CUCCCCGAUUCCCUGCAAGCCUUGCUCGUCUGGAGAGUAGCUCUUGGCCAAGAUUUGGCAGCAGAGAGCCAUGGACCAGAACAGCGCAGGGGAGGAGGGUGCCCUUCCAUCCGAGAUACACCUCCCUUCAUUUUCUGAGAGUCAAGGACUCAACUGCAGCAAUGCCCUCAACCAGGAUCUGGGUCCCAGCUCCCGAGACCUGCUCUAUGCUGGCCUGAGUGGUUUGGACAUGGACCCCAGCCUCCCAGCACCCAAUGUGCCCAGCACGGUGCUGGAGGACAACUUAGAUGCUUUCUCCCUGUACUCUGGGGAGGACCGUGACUCCGUGAAGCUGCUGGAGAAGUAUGCAGACCCGGCAUCUCAGGCUUCUUUACAGGACCUGAGGCUGGGCAAGCUUCAGGUCCCUAAAGAGGUUGACGAAGGAGGCAGGGCCACCUCCGGGAGCGCAGGGAAAGAAGAGCAGCAUCACACUUCGCCUCAGCAGCUGCUUCUGGAUUGCAGCGUCUGCGGGAAGGUUUUCAGCAGCACCAGCUCUCGGAGCAAGCACUACCUGACGCACAGUCAGGAACGGAAACACGUUUGCGGAAUCUGCAGCAAGGCCUUUAAGCGCCGGGACCACCUGACUAGGCACAUGCUCACCCACCAGAAGACCAAGCCCUUUGCGUGCAGGGAGCAGGGCUACAGCAAGAGCUACUGUGAUGACCGCUCUCUGCGUCAGCACUAUGAGGUCCAGCACGGCUUGUGCAUCCUGAAGGAGGCCCCCCCUUAGGAAGAAGCCUGUGGGGACUCCUCUCCUGUCCACGAGGUGGCCAGCCAGCCUGCUGCGGAUGGCCUGCGGUCCCUGGUGCCUCCAGAAGCCAGGUCCCCAGGCCCCCUUUUGCCCAACCGAGAGCCCCUGCACUCUAUUGUAAGCAGCAUGGUCCACCAGGAGAUCUCUUCU